CACACUUUAUUAUUUGGAGUCUGGUCAUGAAAUAUUGGAAAAUUUUCAUUCUUUUGUCUCGAUUCAUUCAUUUCUCUUUGAACUAAAUCUAAUUCUUCUUUGUGUCCUUGAAUUGUGCUUGUGUAUUCUUCGGAGGUAGGAGAUGUACGGACUGCUUCUUCUUUGCUUCUUGCUUCGUUUCGUAAUUCAAUUACGGUCUCUUUUCGUUUAUUCAAUGCGUCGAAUACGGCGUGAAUUGUGCUUCAACUUUACUAUUUUUUCAAGGAACAAAUCCUUUAGUCUAUUCACAGUGUCUGUUUGUUUUUCAAGGUUACCUUGUAAAAUCGCAAUACGCACAUCUCGGUGUUGGAUAGAGACAAUCAUGUCCUUACAUUGUUUCGUAAGGUCAUCUUGGCAACGCUUCUUGGUAUCUUUAAGCUCCUCAAUUAACUCGGUUCAACUGUUUUUUCUCGUUGAGUUCAGCUUGAGAUUUGGCCAUGUGCUUUCCAAAGUCUCCAAUACCUUAAUCGAGUGACUCUCUUACUGUCAUGAGUUCUUUAUUGAGAGUACUGACCUCUUCAUCUUUCUCUUUUGCAUCAUGGAUACAUAUUCAUUCGUUGGUCCAUCCAUACCACUUUCCUCCAAAUGUGAAAUAAGCUAACAAAUAAGGUUUAGAACAAAGAGUCAAAAGGGUAGAAAUAUUACUGCAGCUACCACUAAGCUUUUCCACUUCAGUUU